UAAGCUUGUAACCGAUCAGAGUAUCUGUGAAAACGGUCGCCAGAAUCCCGCCACUGCAUCCCGUGCUUUAAGGACGCAGCGGUCCGGAUGCCUGGAGAGGAGCGCGCCGCAUGGACACGUUGUUCUGUAGAUUAUAGCUAAGAUGACUGCCAUGACAAUUCAAUGAGAGGAGAGGACGCCAAGUGAAGCAUCCCCCGCUCGCUGAAAAGGAGAGAAGGAGCGCUCACGGUAAAGAGAGGAGAGGGAGAAGCAAGAGGAGAAAGAGGAAGAAGAAGAGGGAGACGAAACAAGGGAUAAGAAGAGAAGGAGAGGCAAAGGAGUGAGGGAAGGGGAGAGAAAGUGAAGGAUCCACGGUGGAUGGAGGCGGCUCGGACCGGGGCUACGGAGCGCUCUUCACCGACGAAGAAGAACAGCAGCAGCAGCAGCAGCAGCAGCAGGGGGGACAGGAGAUGGAGGCAAAAGGCAGAAACAUGCCCCCAGACAUCAGUUUCCUUCCCCGCCCAGCGAUGGUGUGGUGUGAGCGGGGCAUCCAGGUGCUGCUGACCACCAUGGGAGCGUUCGCGGCCUUCGCCCUGAUGACGGUGGCGAUCGGUACGGACUACUGGCUGUACGCCCGCGCCUUCAUCUGCAACAGCACGGCCAACUCGUCCCAGGAGGACUCCAACAACAAGGACAAGAAAGACCCUGGGGCUCUCACCCACUCCGGCCUGUGGAGGAUCUGCUGCCUGGAAGGCUUGAAGCGAGGUGUGUGUUCUCAGAUCAACCAUUUCCCAGACGACGCAGACUACGACCAGGAUGCUGCAGAGUAUCUGCUGCGCGUGGUGCGAGCCUCCAGCAUCUUCCCCAUCCUCAGCGCCAUCCUGCUCCUGCUGGGUGGAGUCUGUGUUGCUUCCAGCGGCUUCUACAAGAGCAAAAGAAACAUCAUCCUCGGCGGAGGGAUUCUCUUUGUGGCUGCAGGGCUCAGCAACAUUAUUGGAGUGAUCGUGUACAUCUCAGCAGCACUGAGCGAUAUCUCCCCCAAGAAGGACGAGGACAAGAAGUGGCACUAUUCCUAUGGCUGGUCCUUCUACUUUGGCGGCUUGUCCUUCAUCCUGGCCGAGAUGGUGGGUGUCCUCGCUGUCAACAUCUACAUCGAGAAGAACAAGGAGCUGCGCUGCCGCUCUCGCACCGACCUCUUCAAGAGCACCACGCACGCCAUGCUGCGACUGCCCAGCUACCGUUUCAGACGGCGCUCCCGCUCCAGCUCGCGCUCCACCGACCCGCCGCACUCACAGGAGACUUCUCCCAUCGGUGCCUCUAAGACCUUCAGCCUGCCACCCUCUGCCCCACCCUUCUCUGUGGCCACUCUGCCCAACCCCCACCACACCAGCAGCGGUGGGAGUGGAGGAGGCGGCGACAUCUCCAUGUACACCCUGUCGAGGGACUCCAAGCUGGGCAGCCUGGGAGGUGGCGCCCCACCUCUCUACGGCACGGUGGACCGCGCCACGCUCUACCAGCUCCACAACUACUUCCCAAAAGAUUCCAGCGGCAGUGGAGGAGGAGGGGGAGGAGGAGGCGCGGUGGUCAGCAGCGGUACACUCCCGUCUCACUCCAAGUCCAACUUGGCGGCGGCAGCGGCAGUAGCCCAGAAUUCAGCACCACUGAAUACCUCCACAUCAGCCGCCACACCCACCCAGCCAGCGCCGAUAUCUACAGCCACCAUGGAGAGGGAGCGGGACAGGGGCAACGUGGGAACCCUGGACCGACUGACGGCCAAAAGGGACAGGGAUAGCAACUCAGAUACACUUAACAGGAAAACUACGCCAGUUUAAAACAAAACCUCAGACAGGAGGGAGAGGAGGUACGCUGGGGGAGUGUCGACAUUAAACAGCAGUGGGAUUGAAUUUAGAGAGGCGUCAGAGAUGUCUGAAUUGAAGGGAAAAAAGAGCAGAGCUGGAAAUGGGCGGGUGACACUUCAGUGAUAGUGUUUCUGUCCUUGAGCCUGUGGUAUCUCGCUGCCAUAAUUACUUUGCGUUAUCAUAAGCAAUCAUAAAACACCUGCAAAUUCAUGACAAUUGCCUUAAAAUGGUCACGACUUUAGCCUCAAAAAGCUUGCUUGUAGGCUAAUUAUACAGCCGUGGUGCAGUGGAGGCUUUAACACAAGGACUGUUUUUUCUAACUUAUUUAUUUAAUUCCAUUUUACAUUGUUGUCCGUAAUCAUACGCACACAGCUGGGAUCUUUCCAGAAACACCAGCCACCCGGUGCAGCAGCAGUUGGGGGUUAAGUGCCUUGCUGAGGAGGCAGGGGAGCUCAGUAGUUUACUCGCAUUUACUCUUCUACAUUUUCUCAGCUGCUAUGGAGAUUUAAACUGCAACUUCACCUUAACAACAAAAAGCUACUGAGCCUUGAUUUUGUGAUUUGUAAGACAUUUAAGUUAAAGGUGAACUGAAGCUGGUUUUAAAGUUUUUACCCAUCUAGACAACCAAUCUGAACUGAAGGUGUCUCGUCGCCUGCAACCCACCAAAACCUUCAAGUGAUUUCUGCUGUUCUAAACACUUUGAAACAUCAUAGAUAAUGAUUUUAAAAAGUGUCCAGAUGGUAUAAGCCACAAAUCUUUUUUUUUAAUUUUUUUUUUAAACAAGCAGAGAGCCACAGACGGGUACAUUCAGCCAAGUAACAAGCUGCUCAGUGACGCGUUGACUGCCAGUUGGAGGUCAACAGUAGCUACUUAACCUCUGGUCCGAAGAGAGCGACCUCAGCCAUAUCUAAACUACUGAUGCACGCCAGAAGAGGCUGACACACUGUGAGCCUAUUUAUUUUUCACUGUGUGUCAAAGGUAAUUACAGAGACAGAUGGGCUUUCUCCAGCAGAACGCCAUAGUCCUACUUUGUACGCCUCCAUUACACCACUGCCAGGUGUCACAGUUUGGUUAAACACUGCAACAAAUGUCCAUCUGAACAAGUUUCUUCGUCCAACUUUAAAUUCCUCCAGUCAUCGUUCAAAUGAAUUCGGGCUGAAUGGAAGUAUAUUGCUCCUCUUGUUUCUUGUUCCCUAAGCAACCAGAAUUGUUUUAACAAAAGUGUUAAGCAUCUCAAUAAGACGGAUUGAUUUGAGUUUGCUGUUUAGCAUACGGUCUCCCGUGUUCAACCCGUCCUCAUCAGAACAACAGACGCAUACGUGCAAGUAACUUAGUACAGUUCAUAUUUACAUCUAUUGAUAGGACAUUUCUGCGCUGUAGUAAUUACAAUGGGAGCAAACGAGGCGGUCAGGUGUCUGUCUGUCUGUCGGAGGAGGAGGAGGAUGUCAGUUGUCAGUAGUUAUUCUUCAGUUAUUAGCAUUGAUCAUUUUGCGUUGUCGAACAAGAAUCCUCAAAGUCGAUGGAGCUACUUGUUAAGAUGGACUUUUACACUCUCUAUGUGAUGUUUCAUUGUCUAAAUUGAUUGCAGGGUUUGUAUGGUUGUUUACGAUGACCACUCGAUACCGAAGGCUACAAGGCAGAGCGCCGCUGAGUGCUCCUGCAAAGGGCUGCAACCACAGGCAACAGGGUGGGGGUCAAUUCACGUUACACUCAGGGGGUGGAGUUGGACUUCGAACUUCGAUCAAAAGCUAAAAAUUGAGAGCGUGUGUUACUUCAAUCUAAGCCAUUUUAUCAAGUUCCUCAGUUGUACUCAAGAAACAACACAAAAUUGAAGCACAUCAUUUAGUAUUAGAGAAGUAAAUUAUCUUGAUAGAAUUUCUAAAGAACCAAUCAGAAUCUGAGUGCAGUAUAUUUUUGAGGGUAUUUUUGAAAUUAAGAUCAUUUGAGGGGAAGAAAACUCUGUAAUGGACGUACUGCAAAACAUGUUGGACUGAAGCCCAUCGCACGUCCCAAAUCCGACUAUUGGACUGGUGCGCUGAACUCUGAAUGCAUUUCUAAAUCAGCUGCAUUUGCAAAUGACUUCAACCCAACACUGACAGAUGACAAGCUGGAGAAGGAGGGAAAGAGAAAAGAGCACAACAGAUAGCUUCAGUUCCCCUUCCCUCCGUCUCUCUUUUAGCUGUAACUAUAUACUAUUUGACAAACUAGAAUAAUAAAUGUAUUAUCGAGUAUAUUAUCGGUCCAUUCACUUCGACAAAAGCACAUAAUGUCUGUAAAUGGUAAUCUUUGGGUUGUCUUUUCAUUCUGAGUGGUUGAUCAUCUCUAGGUUACAUGAGAUUGUAACUACUUGAGUAUUAAUAUCAUGUUGCUGGUGUUUCUAUGAUCGUAAUGGUUAUUGCAGGGUAUUUAUACAUUUUGAAAUCUUUUCUUUUUGUAAUUUUUUUAUAUUCCUUUUUAUUUUCCUUUCUCUUGCUUAAUGUACACUAAAGUCAGUGGUGUCACGUGGAAAGCAUGUGCACAGACGUGAGGGGGUGAUAAUGCGUAAAAUUUGUCUUUGGGUCAUUUUCAUGAAUUCCUUAGUUGUGUUUGUGCAGGGAGAGUUGGUGGAGAGUGCAUGCGCUUUUCUCAGUAUCACCCUGCUCCACCCUUCACUCAUACACGGACAUUUAAACCAGUUAGUCACUGGUUACUGAGCGGUCAGUCACCGGUUACUGACCGGCUUCCCUGGAUCGGUUGGAGGCUUUGUGCGUUCAUCAAGGGAACGUUGAUCAUUGCAAACGGAAGCAAAAGUGUCAUUUUUUUCCUCCAUUUUGUUUGCUGGGGCUUCUUGUCCAUUUUCUCAAUCAUUUCAUUUUCUCUUUAAUAUUUUGGGUUUUAUUUCAGCAUCAGUUUUUCUUCUCUUUGACUUCGUAAUAUUCCUCCGCCAUUGCUCUGCCAUCACCACAUGGUCUUUGUUUCCUUGCAGGUGAUUGAUUUUUUUAAUACCUAAACAUUACCAACGUAGCCUAAUAAUCAGUGUUUUUUAAUGUUCUGACUAGUGAGUAACUGUAGGAGAUAGAAUUUAUAUUAAUCUAUUUAUUUUCGUGGUGGUAUGUAUAGAUAUUCUUAAUGUUAUAUUGUUUCAGAGUCCCUAAACCUGUAACUUUGGGCUGUAAAGGCGUCACGCCUGCCCAUGACAUGUUGUCAGUAGCCUAAGUUUGGUGAGAGUGGGCUACAUGUGGUCUGUGUUGGUGUCGUCAGUGGUUUUUAUAUGGUAAACAACAAAGUACAAUAAAACCCAUCAGUCUCAUGAACACCGACAUGCACCCUGAACUUGCAUUUUGCCUUUUGUAAAAGUGUACGUGAGCAAAAGUUCUGUUCCAUCGUUUGCAAAUCAAAGCCAUUUUAAAGGCAGCGUGAGUCACCAGCUCCUUUUCCCAACACUUGGGCUACUGACACGAGUCAAACCUGAAACUCUUCAAAUGGAAAACUGGUAUGUUUCCACUCAGCAGACCGAUAUGUGUAAAGAACAAUAAGGAAAAGGGGAAGCAAUACAAUAUACUGAUCCUCACUGGAAAAGACAAAAAAUAUAAGGUAUAUAUACAUACAUAAAUAUAUAGAUAUAUUCAAUAAAGUUCUAUAUGAAAGUUCAGUUGUGUCACGUGAAUUAUUGAAUGCCGUAACCUCAU